AUGUACAGAACUCCCCCACCCCCAGCCUACAUGUACAGAACUCCCCCACCCCCCAGCCUGCAUGUACAGAACUCCCCCACCCCCAGCCUACAUGUACAGAACUCCCCCACCCCCAGCCUGCAUGUACAGAACUCCCCCACCCCCAGCCUGCAUGUACAGAACUCCCCCACCCCCCAGCCUACAUGUACAGAACUUCCCCACCCCACCCCCAGCCUGCAUGUACAGAACUUCCCCACCCCCAGCCUGCAUGUACAGAACUCCCCCACCCCCCAGCCUGCAUCCUACAUGUACAGAACUCCCCCACCCCCAGCCUACAUGUACAGAACUCCCCCACCCCCAGCCUACAUGUACAGAACUCCCCCACCCCCAGCCUGCAUGUACAGAACUCCCCCACCCCCAGCCUGCAUGUACAGAACUCCCCCACCCCCCAGCCUACAUGUACAGAACUCCCCCACCCCCCAGCCUACAUCCCGCAUGUACAGAACUCCCCCACCCCCAGCCUGCAUGUACAGAACUCCCCCACCCCCAGCCUGCAUGUACAGAACUCCCCCACCCCCCAGCCUGCAUGUACAGAACUCCCCCACCCCAGCCUGCAUGUACAGAACUCCCCCACCCCCACCCCCCAGCCCGCAUGUACAGAACUCCCCCACCCCCAGCCUGCAUGUACAGAACUCCCCCACCCCCAGCCUGCAUGUACAGAACUCCCCCACCCCCAUCCCCAGCCCGCAUGUACAGAACUCCCCCACCCCCAGCCUGCAUGUACAGAACUCCCCCACCCCCAGCCUGCAUGUACAGAACUCCCCCACCCCCAGCCUGCAUGUACAGAACUCCCCCACCCCCAGCCUACAUGUACAGAACUCCCCCACCCCCAGCCUGCAUGUACAGAACUCCCCCACCCCCCAGCCUGCAUGUAUAGAACUCACCCACCCCCCAGCCUGCAUGUACAGAACUCCCCCACCCCCCAGCCUACAUGUACAGAACUUCCCCACCCCACCCCCAGCCUGCAUGUACAGAACUUCCCCACCCCCAGCCUGCAUGUACAGAACUCCCCCACCCCCCAGCCCGCAUGUACAGAACUCCCCCACCCCCCAGCCUGCAUGUACAGAACUCCCCCACCCCCAGCCUGCAUGUACAGAACUCCCCCACCCCCAGCCUGCAUGUACAGAACUCCCCCACCCCCCAGCCCGCAUGUACAGAACUCCCCCACCCCCCAGCCUGCAUGUACAGAACUCCCCCACCCCCAGCCUACAUGUACAGAACUCCCCUACCCCACAGCUUGCAUGUACAGAACUCCCCCACCCCCAUGUACAGAACUCCCCCACCCCCCAGCCCGCAUGUACAGAACUCCCCCACCCCCUCAACAACACCCCGGGACUCGAUCAGAAGGCUUUUGUUCAACUCGAUUACGAGCCGUAA